UUUAAUUUCGUAAUCUCAAAAAAUGAAAAAUCAUUUCAGUGCCCAAAAAUUUUCAAAAAUUGCAAAGCAACUCAAAUCCUUGAAGACGCAGAAAGUUGAAAUUAGUAGUAGUGCUAGGAAAUUUUCAUGAGUAACUCCUCAAAGAAUAAAUCAGGGAUCAAACUUAAUAUCUUCAGGAUCUGAAGUGAAAGGAGUCAGGAGAUGUACUAAUGGUCCGAAGAAUUUACUCAAAGUGGUACUACUUAAGAAUACUUUCAGCAAACUUUCUGAUAAAGCAGAAGCCUCUGAUUUAAAGCUUUCACCUACCGUGAAGAAAAGGAGCACUAUCGAGCUUAUAACCAUUCAGAAGGACUGUUACGAUAGGUUUAACAAGCAAAGGGAGUCUAUGAGAAAGAUUGAGGGAAUCGAAAAUAUUGAAGAAGCCAGGCCAUCUAAUGAAGUAGAGCCAAAGAAUCGAAAUCUAUCAGUAGGAGCAAUAAAAAGCCAGGUGAUAAAGCUACCAGUUCCCAAGGCUACUACUAGCAUCAAAAAAAUGAGAAGAGCGAAUAUGAAGAAGAUAAUGGGCCUUAAGAGCUUCAGUUCUGAAGCUAAUUUAUCGCAGACGUUAACUAAAUCGAGUGAUAAAGCAAAUAAUUAUUUCUCUCCUCCUGUGAUGAAAUUAGCCCCUCAAGCUAGAAGGAUCGGUCCGAUGUUUGAUUUGGGAAUUAAAAACGAUUUAAAGAGAAGGAACCUAUCAAGAAAGAUGCUUGAGAAAAGAUUUUCAGAACUCCCAAAGAAAGAAUUAUUGAACUUAUCAAGGACAAGGAAAAAUACCCAAGAAAAUUGCGACCCCAAGAUGAAAUCUUUUGUACAAGGGAUUCAGCUUCCCAAGUUACCUCCUAUUUAUCCUACCAAGGGUCAGAAGAUGAACAAGAAGACUCCUUAUAAGUCAACAAACAGUUAUUAGAACUUAAUUUAAUAAGAUAAUGCU